UGUAAACAUUACCCCCCUGCCCCUCCAGCCUCAUUCUGCCAAACGGCUCAUAUCUCGCCUCUGCCACUCAUCCUGAGACUCUUCACUCAACACCGCACUCCGAAUCACCUCUAUGGGCCUUUACCGUAGCGAUUCAUCUCCACAGCCUUGGGUCACGAAACAGUCCCGCAUCCUAGAUGUAGCACUCACCCGCCUCCGUCUGGGCCACACAAGACUCACAGCACACCUGCAUCGCCUAGGUCUAUCACCGGACCCCUACUGCCCCUGGUGCAGGACGGUCGAGGAAACCAUCGAACACUUCCUCUUACACUGCACCCGCUUCUACUCCCACCGUGUUGUGCUCCGUGAUCAUCUUGUUGCUUUGGGUGUGUCUACCUUUGACCUGCCCACCCUGUUGGCGGCGGGCGUCCACUCCUCACACUAAGCUGCGGUUCUCCGCCUCACCUGCGUCUUCCUGAAGAAGUGUGGACAACUUCCCCGCCUGUGAUCACCUCACAGGCCGCCACCAGGGCUCAUAGGAUCUGUGGGAUCGUCGAAGCCCGAAAACAACAACAACAUAUUUGUUCUUAAUGUUCUCUUUAAUUGUGUGUGCAGAGUUAGGAUGUAUUUAUCAAGAGGAAGCUGGUGUGUGUGGCGGGCCCUUGGGAGGCGGAGGGAGCCGUGGCAGCGGAGUGGGGUGCACACGUGGUCACCCCUCGCCUCGGCACUCAACUCUCGCCCCAGCAAAUUACUCUCCCUGCAGUUCAAGGGAAACUCGGGAUUGUUUGGCCACCCUGAACUACAAGAACCUGGAGGAUUUUAUCUGUUGAAGGAGAAUGCCAUGUUUGAGAGUGAUGACCUGGUGAAGGAAUGUUGCUCCCCCACCAGGUCCAGGAAGAUGGUGGAGGUAUUUGACCAGUUGUCUGACACCCUGUGCCGUGUGGCAGACUUGGCAGAGUUUGUGCGGCUGGCCCACCCACAAGCCCGCUAUGCCCAGGCAGCAGAGGAUGCCUGUAUUGCAAUUAGUGGUUUGGUGGAGAAACUCAACACACAUGCCAAGCUGUACCACUGCCUGCGUGAGGUGGUUCUUCAUGGGGACCACAUGCCAACCACAAAAGUGGACCAGCAUGUUGCCAAACUCUUUCUACAUGAUUUUGAGCAAUCAGGUAUUCACCUAAAUGAGAACCAGAGGCAGCGAGUUGUGAAUCUGAAUGAGUCGAUCCUCACACUGGGGCAGCACUUUAUGAAUGGGUCUCACCAUCCCAGAGCUGUGCCAAAGGAUAAGCUGCCAGAGUCCAUCAGACAACAUUUUGCCAUUGAUGGGAACAAUAUUGUUGUGACUGGCCUGUAUGCAGAUGCACCCCAAGAGAUCACUCGAGAGGCUGCGUACAAGAUAUACCUCUUCCCUGAUCCUCACCAAGAAGACAUGUUAAGUGAAAUGCUCAAUGGAAGGCAUGAGAUGGCAACCCUUUGUGGCUUCCCUUCAUAUGCACACAGGGCAGUCAAUGGUAGUUUGGCAGAGACUCCAGAGUUUGUGGUGGAGUUCUUGGAGUUGCUGGCUGAGAAGGUUCGUCCGAGGGCACAGGAAGACUUUGAGGAGAUGGCUGCAGCUAAGAAACUCCAGCAGAGCAAUUCAAGAGGACUUGCACCUUGGGACGUGCUACACUUCACUCGAAUCUUGCGACAGAACAAGUGUGAAGUGAGUGCCAAUACUUUAGCUCCUUACUUCUCUCUUGGAGCUGUCAUGGAAGGCCUCAGUGGGCUGCUACACAAUCUUUAUGAUGUAACCUUGGAGGUGGAAGAGCCUACUCCAGGGGAACUGUGGGCAACAGACAUCUAUAAAUUGGCAGUGAAGCAUGGCAGUGAAGGCGUCCUUGGCCACAUAUACUGUGACUUCUAUGAGCGUGUUGGAAAGCCUCACCAGGACUGCCACUUCACUAUCAGGGGUGGCAAGUGUCUGCCUGAUGGAUCUUACCAGAAUCCAGUAGUGGUACUCCACCUGAACUUACCCUCACCCUCCUGGUCCUGCCCAUCGCUUCUGACACCGAGCAUGGUAGAGAAUCUUUUUCAUGAGAUGGGUCAUGCUCUCCACUCCAUGCUGGCCAGGACACAGUACCAGCAUGUGACAGGAACCAGAUGCAGCACUGACUUUGCUGAGGUUCCUUCAAUCCUCAUGGAAUCAUUUGCUCAGGAUCCCAGAGUUCUCAGUACCUUUGCCCGGCACUACAAGACUGGGGAUAAGAUGCCUGCUGACCUUCUGGAGAAAAUGAUUGCUGCAAGGUCAAUUUUUGCAGCUUCUGAGAUGCAACUACAGACCUUUUAUGCCUUACUGGACCAGCACCUACAUGGGGUUGAGCGCUGGUCUUCAUCCAUCUCCACCACACAGAUCCUUGAGGACGUGCAGAAUAAAUACUAUGGUCUUCCUUAUGUCAAGAAUACAGCCUGGCAGUUGAGGUUUGGUCAUCUUGUAGGAUAUGGAGCAAAGUAUUACUCUUAUCUUUUGUCUCGUGCUGUGGCCUCAUGGAUAUGGCAAGAGUACUUUGCACAAGAUCCAUUCAGCAGGGAGAUGGGUGAGAAGUACCGCAGAGAAGUGCUGUCCCAUGGUGGAGGAAAGCCACCUCGAGCUCUGGUGGAAGACUUUCUGCAGCGUAGUGUGGAGUCUGGCAACACUGUGAGGGCAUUGAUGACAGACCUGGAUCAAAGGAAAUGCCAAGUAGCUGCAGCAUUUAGCUAAUUUAUCAGAAAUGAACUGCUUACUGCUUCAGUUAUACUUUAGGGUGAGUGUAAAUGUGAUUGUGUGCAUAUGGCUUCUUGCCUUCACUACUCCAUACUGUGAGAUAUUACCGUCAUUGUUAAUAUCAUAGCAUCAUUACUAUUUUAUGGGUUUCCAUUCAUACAGUUCACCUAGCAGAGGACAAUGUAUAGGACAGGCAUUGAUAUAAAGUGAGACAAUGUAAUUAGCAACCUUAAGAGAUUGAUAAAUCUUAUUAGUCACAAAACCAUUGGUUUUAGAUACAUUUUUUGGCAUAGUUAAUAAAGACUUAAAACUUUUAAAAA